GACUAGCGAAUAAGCACGCUUCAAAUUUCAGUUAAAGCUUAUCUUUGGAAAGGUCAAUUUCCAACACUAAAGUCGCAAUCCUUGCAAUGUCUUGUGGUGGAGGAAUGGAAGUCACACUUUUGUUGUGUUUUCUUCUGACGUUGGCGGGAUCUGCUGAAUGUCUUGAAUGCUAUAGUUGUUCAAAUGUUGUCAAUUUGGAUAGUUGUAACACAACAAAAGCAUGUGGACUGGGUCAGUCGUGUUUCCACAAUGUAACAUCAACAGAACACAGUCUUGGUUGUGUUGAAAAUAAGCGUUGUGAUUCCCAUGCCUCGAUUUCUAGCACUAUAGUUGGACGAGAUAUUGGUGCUAGACAGACAAAAUGCUUCGAAUGUUGUUCAACUGAUCACUGCAACACGGCUGUGUGUCAACAUUUAGACCCCAAGGUAUGUGUCGAUGAUGAAUCUAUGGACUGUGCAAGGUUUAACUCUUUGUUCAGCGUUUGUAGCGAUAUAAACCAUGCAAGGAACGUGUGUCCCAGAUUCUGUGGACUUUGUAAUAUUGUUGACGGAAACUGGACAACAUGGUCGUCUUGGAGUAAAUGUGACGUUACCUGUGAAAAUGGGCAACAGUCUCGGACAAGAACGUGUACAAACCCGGCACCAAAGAAUGGUGGUCUAGACUGUGUUGGCGGAAGUACUGAUGUGAAAGCUUGCCAAAAGCAACUUUGUCCUGUACAUGGCGGAUGGAGUGACUGGUCACAAUGGGAUGUGUGCUCGGUUACAUGUGAUAUGGGCUUACAACGUCGCUCUCGAAACUGUUCUAAUCCUCAUCCAAGUCUCGCAGGCAACCAUUGCUUUGGUGACAGUGUGGAUCACAAACUCUGCAUGCCUGCUCCAUGUGCAAAUGGUGGCUGGAGUGACUGGAGCUCAUGGAGUACAUGCAGUGCGACAUGUGGAGGAGGAAUUCGUUCUCAAUCAAGAUCUUGUUCGAACCCCCAUCCAUCGCCGUAUGGGAAAUAUUGCUUAGGUUCUAAUGACAGAGUGGAGUCAUGUGCCAAUAUGAAUUGUGAGACGAAACACUGCUUGUCCAGUCCAUGUGUACAUGGUCAAUGUUAUGAAGUUCUUCACGAUUAUCUAUGUUCUUGCAACUAUGGUUACGAAGGCCGUUACUGCAAUAUCUCGGUCAGCCAUUGCCAACCGGAUCCAUGCAUUAAUGGCACAUGUGUAGACUUGUUAAAUGGUUAUUCCUGUACCUGUCAUCACGGGUUCGAGGGGCGUCAUUGUAACAUUUUUAAUUACUGUACGACAAAUCCAUGCAUGCAUGGAACGUGUCUCUUUGGAAACUCAGAUUACACAUGUACCUGUAGUACCGGUUAUAUUGGAAAGAACUGUGACAUCACAAAUGCAUCAGACUGUUAUGACAUACUGCACAGGGACAUAAGCUUUAAGAACGGAGUGUAUAAUAUUACCUUGUGGAGAUCUAAACAGGUGAAAGAAGUCUUUUGCGAUAUGAAAACCGGCUAUGGAGGAUGGACGGUAUUCCAAAAACGUUUUGAUGGAUCGGUGAACUUCACCAGGAAAUUCUUAGAAUAUAUAAAUGGAUUCGGAAAUUUUACAGGGGAAUUCUGGCUUGGUUUAAAGUAUAUAGAAGAAAUGUCUGCUCAAGGAUCAACCGAGCUGAGAAUAGACUUGUCAGCGGCAGAUGACUCAUACUUCUACAAAGUGUACCCAAAUUUUCAUUUGGGCACUCGUCCUGGUUACCAACUCCAUAUAGGUAGUGGCACUGGAACUGCAGGUGAUAGUAGAGGACUGACUUUUAAUAACGGGCAGGCCUUUUCAACGUACGACCAUGAGAUGAUUAACAACUGUGCUUUCUCAGAUCGAGGAGGAUGGUGGUAUUAUAACUGCGCGCAUGCUAAUCUAAAUGGAGAAUAUUUCACACCUGGAACAGAUCAUGGUGAACCUGGAAUGAUAUACAGAGACUUUAAAAGUACUGAAUCUUUAAGGACAUCAAGAAUUAUGUUCAAACGCGUUUAGUGUAGACAGGGAAGUAAAGUAAAACAUACAAAACAAAAAAAAAUGACUUUUUUUGAGUCUUUGAAACAAAUAUGACAUUCAUAUAUGUAACUGGAUAAAUCAUAUUUUCCGGUAACAAUACAUAAAGCUAUGAAAAACCA